AAGUGGAACUCCUAAAACUCUGCCCUAAUCAAAGGAACCAGAGGGUCUGCCAGCUCUCCUUCCACCUCCCUUUCCAGGAGCAGCCAUGGCCCUGAGUGAUGCCGACGUGCAGAAGCGCAUUAAGUACAUGAUGGCUUUCAUUGAGCAGGAAGCCAUUGAGAAGGCAGAACAAAUAGAUGUCAAGGCUGAGGAAGAAUAUAACAUUGAGAAAGGAUGCCUUGUGCAAACCCAACGACUGAAGAUUAUGGAGUAUUAUGAGAAAAAGGAAAAGCAGAUAGAGCAGCAGAAGAAAAUCCAGAUGUCCAUCAUGAGGAGUCAAGCAAGGCUGAAUUUCCUGAAAGCCCGAAAUGACCUCAUCUCAGAGUUGCUAAGUGAAGCAAAGCUGAGACUCAUCAGGAUUGUGUCAGACCCAGAAGUCUACCAGAAGAUGUUGUAUAAACUGGUGCUACAAGGUCUGUUCAGACUGCUGGAGCCUGAGGUGAUUAUACGCUGUAGGCCACAGGACCACCUCCUGGUUGAGGAUGCAGUGAAAAAAGCCAUCACUCAAUACAAGACAGUCUCCCAAAAAAGUGUGAAUGUCCACCUUGAUCGAGAGGUGCACCUGCCUAUGAAUGCAGCGGGAGGUGUGGAGGUCUACAGUAGCAUUCAGAAUAUAAAGGUUUCCAAUACUCUAGAGAGUCGACUGGAUCUCUUAGCCCAUCAAAAGAUGCCAGAAAUGCGAAAGGCCUUAUUUGGAGCCAAUCCCAACAGGAAGUUUUUAAUAUAAACCUCUGGGAAAUGAAGCUCAUG